AUGGAGGAGGAGGGUCCCGGGGAAGUGGAGGGGCCGGCAGAGCCGGGUUCACGGUGUGGGGGCCCGAGUGGACCGGACGGAUGGGCAGCGGCUGGCAAGGCUGCCCGUGCGCCCCUGCCCGCUGGGGCCCCUGCCAUGGCCAUCGUGCAGACGCUGCCGGUGCCCCUCGAGGCCGCCGCUGAGGGGGCCGCGCAGCUCCGCGCCGCCGCCCGCUCGCCCCCCGCUAUGGGCAGCGUCGGCAGCCUCCUGCCCGGCCGGCCCCGCCACGACCGCGCCAGCCAGCCCUGCGACGUGGAGCCCCCCACCGCCUCCUUCCGCAAGCAGGAGGGGCUGCUCCGGGCCACCCCCCGGGACCCCCCAUCCCCUGAGGAGUGCCGCGCAGCCGUGCCUGGCAUCACCCACGCCUACGCCAACGGGGGCUUCUGCGGCGACUGGCUCGAUGCCCCCUCUCCUACCAGCCCCUGCAGCGACUCAGAUGAGCCCCGCGAUGACCAAGCCCCGAGCGAUCACCUCCGGGGGCCACCCCCCAAGCUCAUCCCUGUCUCUGGCAAGCUGGAGGAGAACGUGGAGAAGACCCUGAUCCGCCCCAUGGCUUUCAAGCCGGUGGUGCCCAAGCUCCGGAGUGCCCAGCCGAGUGCACGCCCGGGGCUCUCGGAGAGCCAGGUGAGCCUCACCCACUUGCUGGGUGCUGAGAAGCCUGGCUCCCUGAGCUGUCGUGCCAGCACCCUCUCGGACUCGGGGCGCAACUCCCUCUCCAGCCUGCCCACCUACAGCACGGGCUGCAGCCAGCACCCCGAGGUGGGCGCACUGCCGGCCACCCCCCACGGUCCCCCCGACCCCCCGGGGGGCUGCCGCCCCUCCAACUCGGACAGCGGGCGCUCCUCGUCCAGCAAGAGCACGGGCUCGCUGAGCGGCCGGGGCCGGCCCUCCUCGGAGAGCGGCUCCUGCGGGCGCUCGCCCCUGCCCGGCGAGGAGGCCGUGCUGGUGCGGGAGCUGGAGGACAAGCUGCGGGAGAGGGAGGCCGAGCUGCGGCUCCUGCGCGACAGCCUGGACGAGAAUGAGGUGGCCAUCUGCCAGGUGUACGAGGAGAAGCAGCGGCGCUGCGAGCAGGAGCUGGAGGGGCUGCGGCAGCGCUGUGCGGCCCAGGCGCGGCAGGCGGCCCAGGCAGCGCAGCGGGGGCAGCAGGUCCUGCAGCUCCAGGUGCUGCAGCUGCAGCAGGAGAAGCAGCAGCUGCAGGAGGACUUCGCCCAGCUGCUGCAGGAGCGGGAGCUGCUGGAGCGUCGCUGCGCCUCCUUCCAGCGCGAGCGCACCGAGCUGGCACCCCGGCUGGAGGAGACCAAGUGGGAGGUGUGCCAGAAGUCGGGGGAGAUCUCGCUGCUGAAGCAGCAGCUGAAAUCAAACGAGGCUGAAAUGGCCAGAAAGCCUGGAAAGGAAAGGCACCGUUUGGGAACAGCUCAAGGCAGACCUUCCCAUUGGGGUCAUCCGUGA